AUGGAGUUUUAUCUGGAGAUUGACCCCGUUACCUUGAAUCUCAUCAUUCUGGUGUCCAGCUACGUUAUCUUGCUGCUGGUUUUCCUGAUCUCCUGCGUGCUCUAUGACUGCAGGGGGAAGGAUCCCAGCAAGGAAUACGCUCCCGAGGUGCCGGCCGACACRCAGCCCCCGAUCCGGCUGGUGGUGAUGCAGCAGGGCACCCCCGGCACCCGCUGGGCCAAGGGGCUCAUCUCCGCCUACGAGAACCCCUCCGACCUGCCUGGAAAAAGGACUACGGUGGUGUGA